ACGAGAGCAGAAGCGCGUAUGCAAUGAGAUCUAAGGAAAUCGAGAUUUCAGGAAAGAAGCUAACCGUCCACGAACUCCACGAUAUCUGCGACCAAUGCACGGGAAGAGCACUCACCGGUUCCUGGGUCUGGGACUCAGCGAUCUACCUUUCUGAGUGGAUGGCGAGUCAGGGCCUAGUCGAGUUCCAGAUCGAAGGCAAAACGGUCGUCGAAUUGGGGGCAGGAACAGGACUUCCAGGACUGGUCGCCGCGUCAUUAGGCGCAGGCCGAGUCGUUUUAACAGACGUAGCGCCUCUGCUGCCAGGUCUGCAGAGGAGCGUUGAGGCGAACGGGUUCAGUGACCGAGUCGAGGUGCGCGAGCUGGUGUGGGGAUCGGACGAGACGUGGCUCAGCGAGGUGGAUUUGGUGCUGAUGUCGGAUGUCUUCUACGAUACUUCGGAGAUGCCAGCGCUGGCGAAGACGCUGAGCGGGUUGUGUGGGGGAGGGACUACGGUGUGGUCGGCGAGCGAGGUUCGGACGCAGACAGGCGAGUGUUUGGAGCUGUUGAAAGGGGAAGGGUUUGGAGUGGUUGAGUUGGCUCUGGUGCCGUCGAAGGCAGCAGCGGAUGAUUUGGAGGAGGAGAAUUUGUUUGCUAUUUUCCUUCUUACCCCGCCUCACCUCCUUUGUAGCUUGGAUAAGGAGUGGAGCGAAUGCUCGGCUCGUCCAUGAAAUAUUCUGUAUUGGGCACUUGUUUUGUAUGCUUGAGUUCCUUCUGGCAUUUCCACAAACAGAAUGCCUGCGGCGCUAAAAGGAUAAGGUGUUCAGGCUGUGAUUUCAUUC